CGCAACUUGUUGAAGGCGUAGUCUCCGUUGCGAAGCUAUACGGAAAAUGGUGAAUCUCAUUAAUUAUUCUAAUCGCGAGUUUCAUUUACCUCUAGAUAAUUAAGUGAUUUGUCGCGUUUACACUGAGUCUCUAGUAUUGUUGUGUAAAAUAAUGAAGAGAAGGAACGGAUAAGACCACCGGACAUGGAUAUCGAUUAAAAGGUUGCUGCUACUCCAAGCCUAUAUUGGUGCCUGGUGGUCGUGCCUUUGUAUGGCCAGCCAUCCAACGUGUUCAGCGUAUAUCUCUUAACACAAUGACCUUGCAAGUUGAAUCACCCACUGUAUAUACAAUUCAGGGUGUGCCCAUAUCCGUCACUGGCAUAGCACAGGUUAAAAUACAAGGUCAAAAUGCAGAGAUGUUAAUGUCAGCGUGUGAACAGUUCCUGGGAAAAACUGAACAAGAGAUACAACAUAUAGCGCUCGUAACUCUAGAAGGUCACCAGCGGGCUAUAAUGGGAUCCAUGACUGUUGAAGAAAUAUACAAAGACAGAAAAAUCUUUUCAAAGAAAGUAUUUGAAGUGGCGUCGAGUGAUCUGAUUAAUAUGGGCAUUACAGUAGUGUCUUACACCCUCAAAGAUAUACGAGAUGAAGAGGGGUACUUAAAAGCAUUGGGUAUGGCGCGUACUGCUGAAGUAAAACGAGACGCUCGUAUUGGUGAGGCUGAGGCACAAGCGGAGGCGAAAAUCAAAGAAGCAAUGGCAGAGGAGCAGCGUAUGGCUUCGAGAUUCUUGAAUGACACCGAAAUUGCUAAGGCGCAACGAGACUUUGAACUUAAAAAAGCGGCUUACGACGUCGAGGUUCACACUAUAAAGGCGGAAGCUGAGAUGGCAUACGAAUUGCAAGCCGCAAAAACAAAACAACGCAUCAAGGAAGAACAGAUGCAAAUUGCUGUUGUGGAACGUACACAGGAAAUUAACGUUCAGAAGUGGGAGGUGCAAAGACGCGAAAAAGAGCUGGAUGCUACUGUACGCAGACCGGCCGAGGCUGAAAAGUUUAGACUGGAGAAACUUGCUGAGGCGCACCGACUCAAGACUGUCCUCGAAGCAGAAGCCGAGGCUGAAGCUGUUAAAGUUCGUGGAGAGGCUGAAGCAUACGCAAUAAAGGCGAAGGCUGUAGCUGAUGCCGAGCAAAUGGCGAAGAAAGCGGAAGCAUGGAAAGAAUACGGGUCCGCUGCUAUGGUGGACAUGAUGCUUGAUACGCUGCCGAAGGUGGCAGCAGAAGUAGCUGCCCCGUUGUCGCAAGCUCGCAAAGUGACCAUGGUUUCGUGCGGCGGUGGCGAUGUCGGAGCUGCGAAGCUCACUGGGGAAGUUCUGACGAUCGUACAGUGCAUUCCAGACUUGGUAAAGAGUGUCACCGGCGUGGACAUUGCAAAGAUAAAGGGCUUAGUCGAGCCAAUGCAAGUACCGACUCCUACGGUUCGAGGCGAUUCGGCGCGGAAGGUGCGAUAAGUCGUGCAUGUUCACGAUUACAUAAUGCUCGUCGAGGGUCUUCGCGCCGUGUAAAGCAAUAACAAUUAGUAAUAAGAGUGUUCUCUAGCUUUGGUUCUAGUACAAGUACUGUUUGUGUAAGAACAUUUAUUUAGUGUAUACUUGUGUACAAAUUCUAUUAAGGUCUGUGGCCCACUAUUUUUACAUAAUAUAACAUCUUAAGUACAAAAUUACUACGAAAGUUACGAUGACUCGAAGAGCCCGAGGGUGAGAUAGAGGCAUUUAGAAUCUCUUCUAUUCGCCCAGUGUUCUAAAUGAACUUUAACGAAUGACUGUUAUACUAAAAUAAAUACCUAUAUUUUUUUAAAUAGCAAACUUAUCUGAGAUUAUAGGAUUUUAAGGAUAUUUGGUGUUCAAAAUUACAGUGUAGAGUUACUUAUAAUUAAUAAGCGCGUUCCGGAAUUUAGUAGUUAAUUCUUCACAAACACAACGAAUAAAUUGCAUCCAUCAUUUUUUACCGUUGAUAUAUCUACUAGAAAUUUAUUACUCUCUACUUUACUGCGAAGGCAUUCGUGACUGGUACUGCCAACGGUUAGAAGCAUUACUGUCGUUUUUCUAACACCUUUAAUUAAGAGCUUCUUAAUUGAUUUAAAGUGGGAUGAAAUGAAAUUAUUAUUUUGCUAUGGAAUAGGGUAUAUCCAGAUCUUAAAUAUUACAAUGUGUCCACUAUCCAGCUUAUGAAAAAGCAUGCAAGACUCGUCAGAGCUGAUCGUAGGUCGAGCACUAAAUGCAGCCUUAGUUCAUAUAUGACGUGCUAUCUACCAGGGAAACUUCCGCCUUAUCAUAGUAUAUUAGGCAGAAAAAACAAGACAUGCCAUUAAAAAUUAAAAACAAUAUUAUCUGGUAUAAGUAGUUGAUAUUCAAUAAGUAAAAAGGUGGUUCAAAAGUAUUUUGGCCCAUGAAUUUGCUUUGGUCUACUCAAGAAAAUAUGUAUAUUUUACAAGUUUUUUAAUAUGUUAUAUUACUUACGGCCGUUCCCAAUAUACCUACUAUCUACAGAUAGAUAUAAAUUACUACCUUCUACUGUCAAUAAUUAGCUGCCAAUAUGAAGCUGUCCCAAUAUAGGUACCCGAUAAGUCAUUCUUAUCGCCUUAUAUUGGGACGCGUAAUUGCAAUUUCCAUACAAUUCUAUCGCUGGUAAGCUAUACGUCGUCCCAUUGACAGACAGCGUGUACGGAUAAGAUGAGUUACCGUCGAUAAGUUUAUUGGGACAGAAAAGUCAACGAUAGUUACGAUUUUUAUCUCAAGCAAGAGAUAGACUGAAUAUUCGGAACGGCCAUAAGUAAUGUGAAAGCAAUCGUGCAAUAAUAGACACUCGAAAAGAUAUUAUGGCAUUUUGUCCUUACUUGAAUUCUUCUUACCGAAGUUUGUAUAUUACAAAUUUACAAUACUUACCUACUUAGUACUAAAAAUAUUUUUAAAACACAGGCGCAGCAAUAUAUAAAUGUUUCCAUGUAUUUAAAAAUAUUUUAGUGAUUAUAAUAUAUUUGAUUAUGUUUGUUUAGUUGUUAACCUGUCGACAUAACCGUUUAUGAAUUGGAAUGUUUCCAAAGUCCAAUUAAUUAUUACCUACACUAAAACACUAAAGCAUUCAUUGCUGUUUAAAAAGCAAAUUCCUCUCACAGCGUAGUGGUCAUGUAAAACAAUGUACAUUAUACAAAUGAUUUGAGUUUUCUUUACAAUUCCGCCAACAAAAUCUGGAGUCUCGUGCCAGAUUUUGGCGAGACAACACGUCCUGAGGAUGCCUCGUGUAGAGGCGGAACACGUGUCGAAUUGUUUAAAGACAAAUGUUGGCGGAAUUGGCACUUAAGAAAACUCAAAUCAUUUGUAUAAUUAUGGAUUUCUGCAAAGUAACGCCUACUUCAAUAAACAAUGUACAUAUUAAAAAAUAAACAACAGUACGAAGCAAUGCAAGUAUUAUCAUAAUAUUAGACAUACAACGCAAUACACUGUCUGAUGCCGUAUUUAAACGCGAUUAACCCAAAAACUUUCAUGAAUUAGGCAUUUAAGUAUUUGUUUUGUGUUUCAUAAAAUCUACAGCACAUUAAAUCACUUAUUAGAUAAUAUAACAAUGAAAUGAAUUUACUAGAGGUCACCUAUAGGUUGGAUUUCGACCAUAAUUUACAACAAUCUUAAGAUAUAACAUACAGGAGGUUUUAUUUAUUUAUCGAUUAUAGUAGAGUAGGAUCACUUCAUUUAAAGUUUACUACCUACACAAUUUUACUAUCGGACAAUGUUUGAAUUAUUAAUAUGUAAUUUGUAAUAUAGGCUACAAAAAACUCUAUUUAGCUUUCUGCACUCUUCUCUAGGUAAACUGACAUAAUUUCAAAACUAAUAGGCCCGUUUCCGCGUCAUUGUAUUAUAAGUACCUAAAGGGAGGAGAAACUCAAAUAUAAUCAAUUGUAGCGUUUGGUAUUCGUCGAAUCAUUUCAUUUACUUUUUAUCAAAUAUUAACACACUCUGUACUUGACAGAGUGUUAGUUAGACAGUACCUAAGCUAGUUAUUAUUACAUAAUUAGUAUAAAAUAUUAAUUUAUUGGAACAGUUAAAAAAUAAUGCGAUAAAGCAAUAAUUAACAGGAAGCUGUAUUGUCAUAUCAAAGCAGAAGACUAAGUACAUAACGUAAUUUUACAAUAUUAAAUUGUAGCCAGUUUGUCUCGCAAUAUUCGUUAGGAAUAAGUUUGAAUAUCACAUUGAUACAAUACUCCAAUGUACCUUUUAAUAAUUGGACGUAGUUCUUGAAAAACGUUCCAAGCCACUAUUAAGGAAUUCUUGUUUCGUGGGCAACUCAAGAUGUCAUUUAAAGAGUAGGGCUGCCAUUUUUUGUCAGUCCGUUAAUAUGAAUCCCGUGACCAGUUUUGUUUUCUUAACUCAAUUUUGACAUGAUUGUGGUUUGGAACGCUUUUCUGGAAUUACGUCCAAUUUAUUUCACUGUCGUGAUGCUACUGCCUAUUAGGAUUUGGACUGUUCGAACAAUCUAAAUCGUUUAAUUCGGUGUUAAUUGCUGCAUUCUCAUGGUUCGUAAGGACCUGUAGUCCUGCUUAAUGUCGUUAACCAGGAUUGCCUCUUAAAUCCCUCUGUAUAACUCGAUACACUUCCGUUCGGCCAAUGUAACUGGGUUCGCGGUUGGCUAUAUAGAUAGUAUUAUUGUAUCGUGCUCUACGCAUGUCAAGUUCAAGUAGUCGUUACGUAUGAAAUUUGUAAUGGCUACUUGAUAAGGUCUAUCGCAGACGACAGACUAUUCGUGACGCACUUUUUAGUCUGUGAUAAUAAAACAUAUAGAAUUUUAUGCAGUACUGCAAACGACGCGCAAAAUGUCUGAUAUACAAAAUAUCCUCGGAGAUCUGCAAGACCGCGCCACACUGCGCCGUACAAAAAGUGCGCCAAAAACAUAUAACGUUCGCGUUAACACGCGCUAAUGCAGACGACGCUCACUUCAGUCUGUCGUCUGCACUUGCUAGUGAUUGACGUGUAUCAUGGCUCUAGACUUAGAUGUAUCGAUAUUGGUUCAAUAAAUAGAAAACAGACCAGCACUGUAUGAUACAUCUUUGGCAGAGUAUCUUGACAGAAAUUUAAAAUGAAAAUUGUGGGAUGAAAUGUGCAAAUUUAUUUGGAUAUAGUUUUAGAACUGAAUGUUUAAUAUGAAACAGUCCCUUUAAUAAUCUUCUGAAAGAAUAGGAUGAACCCAAAAUUCUCUAUUUCUCUUCUUCUUUUUUAUAUUUCAAGUACGAAAUAAUACACCGCAAUCUCUGUACUUUCAUUGCUACAGUUCUGCCGACAAAAUGAGCGAAAUUGUACGUCGUGUGCGUUGAGUCUGUGAAAUAUCUGCCAAAGACAUUUUGCGCGCAAUGCAGAUUUUUUGUGUGCCGCAGACUCGAUAGCACAAAAAGUGUGUCAUCUACGAUAGGCCUAAAUGUAAAAAAAAAUGCCGUCUCCCUAUAUUGCGCCAAAAAUUCUCUUGAGAUUUUUUUAUUAGAAAACCGUGCCCGAGGACUGACUGAGCAGUCUUAUAGUAGCCGUUAGACAACUGGGUAAUUUGUUGUAAUUCUAAUUUUAAAGUUUAAAUUAACAGGACCUGGGUUACCCGGCUCUGCUCGUGUGAAGCACCUCCUAGGUCUCGAUCGGAUAAUAAAUUUGUAAUAUAUUUACAAGAAUCGUUUGAUGAUUUAAAAUAGUGGAAUGGACCGAUUACUAACAUUGAUAUCUUCUCUGUUUCGAUGCGAUUUGUUUAUUAUUACUUCCGAUAGCUUUGUUAUUCUCUUUUUACAAUACCAAAGAUGAAUGUUUCACAAUUAUUUUUAUUUAUUAAAUUCCAAAAAAAAUAACUGUCAUAUAAUUCAAAUGGAAGUGAUGAAUUAUAUAAUAUUCAUACUUCUGGUGCCAUAUUAUGAAAUUAUUUUCUUCUGGUUGUUUUUAAUACUAAGCAUUUUAUAAUUGUUAGAUAUUAUACGUUUUUAAAACACAAUGCACAAAUAUUGCCUAAAUAUCUAGAUGUAUUUCAAUUAUUUUUAUGAUUAAGAUAUUUGGUAACAGUAUUUGUAAUAUUUUAAUGUUAUUUUAUACUAUUUAUAUGUCGUAUUAAUUUUAAGGAUUUUUUUUAAUUUUCUUCAGCCUCAUUAUUCUCACAUCACGAUAGUUUUCAAUGUAAACUUUGCGUGGUUUCGCAUUUCUUGUCUGUACAUGUAUUGUUGUGGUGUUAUUCGUAAUAUAUUCACUGAAAUGA